AUGUUGCCGGUCGAUGAGACAUAUAGCCCGAGCAUCGGAAGUCCUUCUGCUUUUGAUGAGCCCGAGGUCCUAUGGAGACAUUAUUUUGUAGCGAAGGCCGGAAAGAAUCCGCUCAUCUCUAAGAAGCGCGCCUCUACAAGUGACAUUGAUGCCAUCAAACGUAUCUUUCCCGACGAACGGCAUCAGCCGACAUUGCUCAUGGCUAGCUCGGUCGUCACUUCGGAAUUGAAGAUGGACGAAACUUCUAGUCGGAAUGGCGGUAGUAUACAUUUUGGUAGCCGACCUGCAACACCCUCGCCCUUUGGAAAUCUUUUCUCUUCGCCGCCGGUAACUUCGCCAAUGAUUGACGAAAGUAAACGGGCAGUCGCUCGACCCCAGGACGCCGUCGAGGACAUCCAAUCACGACGCUCUUUCUCCAUUGGUGAUUUAUUAUCGACAGGCCCAUCAUGGAAGCAGCGGCCGGCGACCCCGUCCAGCGGUAAAUCUACGCGAAGGAAGGCCAAAAGAAGUAGCUCUGCGCCGCUUGUCCUCCCAAUGGGUGGUCAACAUAGUGUCGCAGUGCAAGCAGAAGUGGAGAGACCUUGGAAGCGACGGGACCUUACUGAUCCGUCUGUGUACACACAUAUCAAUCACCCAUCACAAAGCAGCCAAAUCACGUCCAAUGAUGAAACGACUUCGCGUACCCCCAGCAGCCCUCCGUCAACGCUACCACCGCCCACAACUGUAACCAACCCGUCCUCAACCAACAGUUUCUUCCCUGUUGUGCCGCAGAAAGAGCCUUUACCAACAGAUCCUAUGAACAUCAUUCGUAUCCCGCCGUCUACUACCGUCAUGCAAGGCGAACAUCAAACGUCGUGGCGCUCAGGCUCCCCAUCCGAACAAGCAUCGACGGUCAACGAUUAUGAGAACGAACCUCGCAUGGCUACGUUUGGAGAAGAGGAGGAGACAGAUUUCCCGAGCAAGGCGCUUUUUGGCCAGAUACGAACAAAAGGGACACGCAGUAUUUCUGGCGCCAGAGGACCACGUAUCCAGACCAUAUUUGACGAUUCACCACCCGGUAAAUCCAAUGUUACGGCUUUACGCGACCUGUUACCGAAAGGAACAUUUCGCGACUCACUCCCGAUGGCGCUGGGGGAUCACGGAACUAUCGAAGAUCGAGAGGUUCCAGCUGCCGAUCGUAGUCCUGGCAAUCGCACACCGCCGCGUCCCAAGACCGUUCACGGUAAAAAAGAUGCGAAUGGGAGAGGAAGUCGAUCGGUAGGCCGCCGUGCACCUAGUGCGCUGCACGCUCGGAGCCAAAGUGUACCAGUCGUCCCUGACGCUUCUGGAAAACUGGAGACGGUGAUUACGAAUAAAUUCGGCACUUGGGGAGUCGGCAGCAAAGGUGUCACAGAAGACUGGAACGACGAUUUUGAUUUUGCAGAAGCAGACGAAGCCGAUGCAGAACCUUCCAAGCUCGACGAUGGCGAUGAGAAGCGUAUCGAUAGUGGAGUCGCUAUGUUUGUCCCAAAAUCCAUACGCGAGCAGCAGAGUAACGUACUGGCGAAUAUCGGUCUCUUGCGGGAAUGGGGCUUAUUGAUCGAGGAACUCAAAGAACUUCGCAUACGGGCAACUGUGCUAGGACUGAUGGGAGGGAGGUAUCUGAGCCUCUGGCAAGAGAUUGACGCAAUGAUCGAUCUCGCAGACCAGGAGGCAGAGGAGCCACCAGCGGUGCCAUGUCUCUCGCCUCCGUCCUCACCGCAACUCGAGAUUGACUUGUUCGAUGACCUUACGCCAAACGCAUCGAUUAACGGGCAAGCUAAACGAAGGUCUGGGUUGAGUACGGCAGAAGAACUCCUAGGCGGAUCCGGCCCCGUGGUUCUCAAUGGGUCCCGAACAAGGCGAAGAUCAAUCCUUCCCGGCGAUGAUGACAUUUUCAGCAACACACCUUCGACGGCGUCCAGGGGCGGAACCCCCCAACAAACACCGCAUGGUACUCCGCGGGCUUCGAUUUCGUCAAGAACUCGCCCCCGGAAGGACUCAGAGGCUGUCGCGCGCUCAGUCAUCGAAGCCUUGAAAAGAAAAACGGACACAGCGGAUGCGACGUGCGUGGUGCAUGACGUCUCUCUUACGAAGAAAGUGCCGUUCGACACAGCGACGCUGAGACAUAUCGUGCCGUAUGUUAAUGGCCUAAUGCGUAAGGUCAAGGACGUGCUGCGAGAGGCGGAAGGACUGUACUCCAGCCCACAAAAGUCGCCUCCACCGCAAGAGCCAGCUCUAAGCCAGCUCUUCCAAAAUCCACCAAACAGCUCCCCAUCUUCCCGCCGGGCACGGCGCCCUAAAAACAGCACCGUCCGUAUGCAUUCGGACGACUCGUUCGACGCAAAAGAGAACGAGCUUACCGCGGGUAUGAAGUUAAUGACGGUUAUGUAA